AUAUUGGGGAAGUUUUGGGGGUGGUUUUUGGCAAUUAGGGGUGGAGCAAUAAAGUCGGGGAUAGAGCAACUAAUUAGCAACAAAAUAGCCGUAAAGAAAUUUGCUAUUAGUUUUUAUUAUUUUUUUUUCUGGUUGUGCUAAUUUUAAUCUUUAGUUAGCACAAUCACUAUUUUCUCCGAAACGGCUGGAGCAACAAAAUCGAGAAUAGAGCAACAAAUUAGCAACAAAAGAGCACUAAAUUUCUAAAUAAGUUUUAAUCGAUUGUGCUAAAGUGGCUGUGCCAGCUUAAUAGACGUAGUGCUAUUACCUCUUUCACUAUACCAUCAUGUCCUGAUAAUUUGGGCUAUAAUAAUAAUAUACUGUGUAACAUCUCAGAAAAAAGUUAUGAUAAUUCUUCUAGUAAAGAAUUACAAACCUCACACCAAGGUAACUAAUAUUAUAUGAUAAUACAACAUUCUGUUAUGGUACUCUUUUUAUAAAGUAUUUGUAAUGAGUUUCAAACAAUAUUUUUCAAAAAUUAUUUGUAGAAAAAUAUGUUUGUUCGAAUAAGUCUUCUGUACCAUCAUGUUCUAUCAACUUCGGAUUAAAUAAUGAUAUAUCAUAUAAUAUCCCACCAAAAAGUUGCCAUUCUAAGAAUAAAGAAACUUUGUCACAGCAAGGUAACACAAAAUGUUAUUUAUAAUAUAACCUAAAUAUAGUAAUUUUAAUAUAAUUAAAAUUUUAAUAAUAAUUAGGAACUAAAAAAAUGUUUUAGUCACUAAGCGGAAGAACAAAGAAACUGUUGACAUUGAAAAUGUACCGAUAAUAUUUGAAGGUAUAAAUAUAUUAUAAUCAAUAUCAUUAAUAUUACACAUAAUUAUUAUAGAUAAUACUAAAAUUAAUUCUAAUAUUUUAGGAUAUAUUCCGGGCGACACAAAUGAGAAUGGGAAUAUGAAACGUAAAUAAUUUUUUUAUUAAAAUAAUAUCUAAGAAAUAUUUUACUCGUUUGAACAUUUUUUGAACUGAAGUAUACUUCUAUCCUUUUACAGAGAGUGUAGAUAAAAUGCUGCGUAUGCAAGCAGCAACGAAUUUAACGUUGCGAGAAAUAAGCCAAAAUAUUAAAAAAUUAGAGAAUGUUAUCAAAAAAUCUACUAAAUUUAAUUUGGAGACUAAUGAUGUUCUUAUUGCUGAAUUCUUACCUUUAAACACAGUUGAACGUAUAAAGGAAUUUGAAUCAUUAUUGAAAAAUACAGAAGAGGCUGUUACUCAAUUUAAAGAGUAUAUAUUGAAGGCAGGAGGAAAUAGUCCAAAAGCUAAUAUACAACGAAUUUUGGGAAAAAUUUUCACGAAUGAAUGUGCUAUGAAUUGUUUCAUGAAAGGAAUUCAAAACAAUUUCCGAGUUGGUGACUUAUAUUUGAUGAAAAUUGUUAGAAGUAUGUGAUACAUGCUGUCUAAUUCAUUAAAAAAUGCUUCUCCAUAUCAUUUUAGUACAUUAAUAUACUAUUUUCUUUUUUUCAGGAGAAUUGACUUUACGUUACGCACAUCUGACAGAAUCAGAGUUUGAUAACGUAGUCGCAGAAUGGUUACAAUUCGCCAAACAGAGGAAAGAAA